GCGACUUUUUUCUAGAUUUUUUCUAAGAAAUCUUUUACUUUAAGGCGUAAACUUUAAAUUGGCUGAGACGCGUCGUAAAAGAGUGCAAGAACUGGAAAAAAAGAUAGCGGAAUUGACACGUAGAUGCAUGGAACAGAAUAAGAUAAUCAAAGCGAAAGAGAAACAGGAUCAAAGAAUUAAAACUCUCUCCAGUGAGAUACAAUCGUUAAAAGAAACUCGAGUCAAGCUUAUCAGACAGAUGCGCAACGAUGCAAAUAAUUUUACAAAGUGGAAACAAUCCAAGGAAAAGGAAAUUAUUAAAUUAAGAACGCAAGAUCGUAAACGUACUUACGAAAUGCUUCGCAUGAAAAUACAACAUAAUAAACAGGAGAAUGUUUUUAAAAGGAAAAUGGAGGAAGCUUUUGCAAUUAACAAAAGAUUAAAGGGUGCUUUGGAGAUGCAGAAAAAGGCGAUGCAACGACAAGAAAAGAAGGUCAAUAGCGAAGAAGAGAUAAAAACUUGGAUCGCGCAAGAAAUGGAAGUAUUAAUGGCCAUCGUAGAAGCAGAUUAUUCUCUUGAAAAACUAAUGCAAGAUAGAGCUUCAUUGGUAUAUCAAUUGGAGCAACUUAAAAAAAAUAAUGAUCCGGAUGAAAAGGAGCUUGCAACUGUUACUGAAUUCAUAGAAUUGCGUAACAUACAAAUUGCAGAUCUGCAACAAAAGCUUCUUGAGUCAGAUCAGGAAACUAAAACAAAUACUCGAUGGAAUAUGAUACGUACAAUAAUAGACGCAAAGGUAGCACUUAAAACAGCAUUUAAUAUAGUUACACAAGACAGGAAGCAACUAUGUUACAAAUAUAACGAAUUGAAAGAAAAGUACCAGAAUCUAGAAGCACGACUAGAAGAGUAUGAAAAACAGGAGAGAGUAAAUAAAAUAUCUUGUUCGCAAGAUUUAUCUGAUACUAGCGAUACUGAAAAAUCUUUGACAAAAUCUGUAAAAAGACAGAAUAAAUCGAAAUUCUCAGUUCAACAAUUGACCUUUAACAAGAUAGAACCUAAUAAUGAGAUAAAAUGUACUUGUAAAACAAAAUGUGCUACGCGGAUAUGUACGUGUCAUAAGAAUAACGUUACCUGCAACAACUGUGACUGUGAUUCGGAACAAUGUCAGAAUAGAAACAAAGAGAAUUUGCGUACUACGCUGUUUUCAGACGUUGCAAUGUCAGAUGAAGCGAGAUGUGAUUAG